ACAUUUAACAACCACCACCACUCCUGCACUUCCCCAUUUUGAAGAAUACAUUUACUUCACCAAUACAUUGUGUUAUACAAUACAUAAUAAAACAAUUCCUAAGUAUUUUUUUUUGUUUUGGUUACGAUCAAUGGAGUGUUACUUAAAGAAAUGGUGCUUGGUUUCUAUGUUAGUUUUGUAUUUGGGUUUAAGGUUUAAGGUAAAAGCAGAGCCUCAAGUUCCAUGUUACUUCAUCUUUGGUGAUUCUUUGGUUGAUAAUGGAAACAACAAUCGUCUUGCCUCUAUUGCAAGAGCUGAUUAUUACCCUUACGGUAUUGAUUUGGGUCGCCCAACCGGCCGCUUUUCCAACGGAAAAACUACCGUUGACGAGAUAGCUGAGCUACUUGGAUUUGAUAACUACAUUCCCGCGUAUAGUGAUGUUAGUGGCGAGCAGAUACUUCAAGGAGUCAACUUCGCAUCUGCAGCUGCUGGAAUCAGAGAAGAAACCGGCGCACAAUUGGGACAAAGGAUAACAUUUAGUGGACAAGUCCAGAAUUAUCUGAACACAGUGUCACAAGUGGUACAGAUUCUUGGAGAUGAGAAUAGUGCAGCUGAUUACCUUAGACAAUGCAUUUACUCUGUUGGUUUGGGAAGCAAUGACUAUCUUAAUAACUAUUUCAUGCCUCAAUUCUACGCCACUAGCAGACAGUACACCCCCGAACAGUACGCUGAUGAUCUUAUCACUCGUUACAGAGCGCAGCUCAAUGCACUAUACAACUAUGGAGCUAGAAAGUUUGCAUUGGUAGGAUUAGGAGCCAUCGGAUGUAGCCCGAACGCCCUUGCACAGGGCAGCCCCGAUGGAACAACUUGCGUGGAACGUAUCAACUCUGCCAACAGAAUCUUCAACAGCAGGCUUAAGUCUAUGGUCCAGCAGCUCAACAACGACCACUCUGAUGCUAGGUUUACAUACAUUAAUGCUUAUGGCGUUUUCCAGGACAUAAUCGCUAAUCCCUCUGCUUAUGGGUUUAGGGUAACGAACGCUGCGUGUUGCGGAGUUGGAAGAAAUGGAGGCCAGCUUACAUGUCUACCAGGACAAGCGCCGUGUCCGAACAGAGAUGAGUACGUGUUUUGGGAUGCGUUUCAUCCAACGGAUCGUGCCAACACGAUCAUUGCACAAAGAUCUUUCAAUGCACAAUCGUCUGACGACGUUUAUCCAAUUGAUAUCUCAGCGUUGGCACGGCUUUAA